AUGUCGGAAGGGGGCUCACCCGCUGCGCUUGACCUGGACGACCUAUUCAAUUAUGACGUCGGCUUAGAUGAGAUUGUCCCUGACAAGACUGUCCAUGACCAUGACAACAACACGAACGCCGGGACCGGGGAUUCUGCCAUUGGUUUAGGCCUUGACGAGGAAGUCAAAGUCACCAAAAAACGACAACCUGUUGCAAAGCUAGACGAAGCCCGACUAUUGUCACAACCGGGUAUCCCAAAAUUGCGACAAUCUGCGAAACGGAAACUCAGGUUUAAAGGCAAAGGGCAUGAGUUCUCAGAUGCUACACGCCUUCUCAAUUUCUACCAGCUAUGGCUUGACGACCUAUACCCCCGCGCCAAAUUCGCGGACGGCCUAUCCAUUAUCGAGAAACUCGGACAUUCAAAACGCAUUCAAGUCAUGCGACGAGAGUGGAUAGAGGAAGAGAAGCCCAGGCUAUUGCGUGACUCUGGGAUCACCCGAGAAGAACUCGAGAAUUCCCGUGUUCUCCAAACUCCGGCCAAAUUGGAUGAAGCACCAUCUUCAAAUAUCCCAGGUCAAGAGGGGUCCCCUGAAGAUUUAUUCAUGCCAAACAAUGGUAAUGCACAACCCACGACCAGUCACCCCGAACCCGAGGAAGAUGAUCUGGAUGAUUUACUCAGGGAGGAGCCGAUGGCUGACAUACCCCCCAAUAUGUCAAUUUCUACGCGAGAACCUCAGUGGGAUGAGGACUUUGAUGACGAUUAUGAAGCGAUGAAAGAGCUUGGGAUGUGA